GGCUCCACACACCGAGUCGGACGGCGUGAACUGCUUUUCUCAGAGUCCGGAGCGAAGACCAUGGACAACUUUCCGUUUCCCAUCACCGUGGAGGGCGAGUGGAGCCCGGCUCAGUGCAAAGGCAUCAAGAACAAACUUCAGCUUCACUUCCAGAGCAGGAAGAAGUCGAGCGGAGGAGAGUGUCGGGUCGAGGUGGCGGACGAUGGAAGAGCCACUGUGUGCUUCAGAUCAGACGAAGUGAGAGAUCGAGUGCUCGCCCAGCAAAACCACGAAAUCUCCCUGGAGAGCCAAAACGUGAAGCUGCGCCUGUCCUGUCAGUCUAUCCCUGUAAAAGAAGAAGCCCCCCCAGAUUUGCCCAAAAAAUCCCCUGACUCUAACGUUGGACCUGAGAAUGGAGGCUCUGGAGCGGGCAAAGAGGACGCAGAGUCGGCGCAGAGCGUCGCCGCGCUGCUGGAAAACGUUAAAGAUGGCGUUUCGAAGGAAUUGCUGUCGAUGCUGGUGGAGAACGUCUCCGGGCUGGACGAGGACGCAUACGGCCUGGAGGUCAUCUGGGAGACAAACAACGCCGUUGUGACCUUCAGCGAUCCCAGUGAUGUGGAGAGGUUCCUCACGGCGAGCAAGAACAACGUGAAGCUCCAGAAAUUUGAAAUCACUGCUCGGCCACUGGAGGAAGCAAAGAGCGUCCGAGUUGAGAACCUCGCUCCCGCUGUGAUUAGAGAGAUGCUGGAACUCUAUUUUGAGAAGAGCUGGACUCUGCCAGUCAAAAUCAACAUGAUACCAGAGGAACAGGCUGCCAUUGUCACUUUUGAUGACCCUAAAGUUGUGGGAAGUAUUACUAAGAAAAGAGACCAUGUUAUCCGCAAGUUCCCUGUCCGGAUGUAUCUGUACUACGAGUCCCUGGGAUCUGCCCUGUAUGGCAAAGAAAGACCAACAUGGAAAAUGCCUGAACCUUUCACAGAGAGUGUUCACCAAGUUGUCUGGAAAUUCAUCCUGAUGAAGAAACAGUUCAAAACCAUCAGUGAUCAUAUGAGACCCUAUUUCUGUAGUGUGGACAUGGAGAAACCAGAGGUAAAACUCAGCCCUCUUCCUGACUUAUUGAGGCAGAAAGGUCUUACUGCCAAACAUGUGGAUACAUGGAUGGACAAUGCCCAAAAGGCCUUCCGUCAGUUCUUGAAUCAGUAUUCAGCGUUUGAGUGUUUGGCCAAUGCAUCUGCAUGGAAACUGGCAGAGAAAGAUAUCCGUUCAGUGGUGAGAGAAGAUGCUGUUCUGGUGAUGGAUGCAUCCAGGGGUGCUUUGACUGUGGCAGGCCGGGACAGUGACAUGAAACGCAUCAGGGCUUCAGUAGAACGUAUUGUUCUGAAAGCCAUGAGUCAAAUUGAACGGCAGAUGAAUGGUAUAUCUGAAAUGAUGGAUCUGACCCCUGCUAUGUACUAUAUCCUGAAUCAGGAAGGGCUGCAAAAGGCAGCACAGGAUAUUUCCCCUGAGUUGCUUCUCUCCUACCAAGAGGACACCAAGACAUUAACCAUUUCUGGACUUGCUGCGGAGGUUUAUAUGACCAAGUCUUGGAUCUUGGAAAAGACCAUGAAAAUGUCCAAGAAACCACUCCACAUGGACACAUGUCUUCUUGACUUCCUCAAGUCAGUGGACCCCACAGAGAUGUCACAGGACCUGUUCAUAUCCCAGGGCAUAGGCGCUGUCUACAGCAUAGAGAAUAGAGGGGUUUUCCUGACAGGAAUCUCUGAUAGUGUCCUUAAUGAUGCUGAGGAGAAGGUGAAGAUGGCUUUGUCCAUGCAUAUUCUGGACGUGAAAGACCAAAAAGUGCUGCAAUUGCCCAAGUUGAUAGAUCUAAAUCAGCAACUUUCAGAAACCUACAAUUCUUCAAAGAAGAAAACAAUGACUAUCCAGAUCCAACCAGGUGGAAGAAACCAAAUAACAGUGGCUGGCUUCCUUAAUCCAGUGAAAGAGGUCAGCAGCACUCUGAAGAAAUUUAUCGUUGAUUACUCACAUGUUCAAGAAACGAUUCGUGUCCUGUCCUGUGCUGUUGUUCAGUUUAUUCAGGAAAGAAAAUCAGAAACCUGGAAAAGUAUUGCUAAAGAUGAUAAGGUGACAGUGCAUUUCGAUCCCAAGAGGCCAAGAAUCAAAAUAUCUGGGGCUCGUCUUCACGUCCAGAAAGCCAAUACCUCCUUUAAGGAACUGGCUGCUGCUCUCUUCACUGACAACUUCACAGUUGACAAACCUGGGGCAAAAAAGUAUUUCCUGUCUCAGGGAGGCAUGUUUCUGUCUACAGUGAUGAAAGAUCUUGGCUGUGUUGUGGUGCUGCGUCCAGAUAAUGAAGAUGAAGAGGAGGAAGAUCUCUAUGAAGAUAUCGAUGAAGAAUAUGGCCUUGGAACAACAAGCUACUGCAGAGUCCCGACUGCCAGUGGACUUGUGGUCUCAGUCAGCAAGGGGGACAUCUGUAGCCUUCAUGUGGAUGCCGUGGUCAAUGCAGCCAAUGAGGAGUUGAAGCACAUCGGCGGUGUGGCCUUUGCUCUGCUCAAGGCUGCAGGACCACAACUGCAGAAACUCAGUGAUGACUAUAUCUCCAAAAAGGGGCAUCUAAAACCAGGUGAUGCCAUCAUAACAGAUUCAUGUAACCUGCCUUGCAAGUAUGUAGUUCAUGCGGUCGGCCCACGGUUCUCUGAUUUUGACAAGAAGAACGCUGUGUUACGUCUGAAGCAGGCUGUUAAAGAAAGUUUGAGACAGGCAGCAGCAGCCAGCUGCUCCAGUGUUGCUCUGCCAGCUAUCAGCUCUGGUGUGUUUGGCUUUCCUCUUGAUCUCUGUACUGAGACGAUAGCCGAGGCAGUGCGGGAGUACUGUGACAGUCCAAGAGGUCCGGGCUCACUCACUGAGAUUCACCUGAUGGAUAACAACGAUAAUACAGUGAGAUCCCUGGCCAAUGCCAUUAACAAAGAGUUCAGUGACCUAAAACCAGAGAUGACAAUACCACAGCAGGUGGAAAGUGGAAGAGGCAGUGGGUCAUCAAGUGCAAACUGGGAGAGAGGACAGGGGGCCCAAGGAUAUCAGAGUGGGGCACCCAGGGGAGGAGGACGAGGAAGAGGAAGAGGGAGAGGAGGUGGAUACCAGGGACCCCCCAGGUCUGAUCGGGCAGAGGCACCUCCGAUGAAAACGGGAUACGAGAGGGUGGAUCAUGACAGAAUCACCACUACCACACCGGAGGGUCUCAAGAUAAUUCUUAAGAAGGGAAAUAUCCAAGACCAGUUUACCGAUGUCAUCGUCAACACCAUCGCGGAGAACCUGAACCUGAAUCAAGGGGCUGUUUCCAAGGCGAUCCUGGCGGCAGCGGGGCCAGGACUCCAGUCGGCAGUCAGGCAGGAAGCCAGGGCAGCCAUGUUGCAGUACGGCGAUGUUGUCGUCACCGACGGCUUCAACCUGAAGAGUCAGAAGGUCUUUCAUGCAGUUUGCCCUUUCUGGGACAACGGAACUGGCCAGGCAAAGGAGGAAUUAAUAACGGUCAUCAGAUUUUGCCUGACAGAGGCUGAGAAGCACCGAAUGGCAUCAGUGUCUUUCCCAGCCAUCGGCACAGGCAACCUGAGCUUCCCCAGAGAGCUGGUGUCCAGAGUCCUGCUGGGCGAGAUCCAGGCCUUCAGCAGCAGAAGAAAUCCCCAACACCUGAGAGAGGUGGCAGUCGUUGUGCACCCCAGCGACAGCCAGACUGUGGACUGUUUUACCAGGGAGUUCAGAGGUCAGGCCCAUGGACACGUCCAACAUGAAGCCAGCAGUUUUGACCAAUCACCACGCAGACAUCCGCGGCCACAGCAGCAGCAGCAGCAGCCACAGCAGUCCUCAGCCUCCUUUGGCCCCGUGUCAUCGCUCUCCCUCGGCGUGUACCAGAUGAAGAUGGGGCAGCUCACGUUGGAGGUGUCGUCUGGGGACAUCACCAAGGAGACCAGUGAUGCAAUCGUCAACUCCUCCAAUCAGGACUUCAGCCUCAGGAUAGGUGUAUCGAAGGCCAUUUUAGACGCGGCCGGAUCAAACGUGCAGCAGGAGGUGUCGCGGAUCGUCAACGCUCCCGGCUACCAGCAGAGGGCGAUGAUUCUGACGACGGCCGGCCUGCUGCCCAGCGGGGCCAUCAUCCACGUUGUGGGACACAAAGAUCCCGUCAAGAUCAAGGAAGUGGUUUACUCGGUGCUCAAGUUAUCCGAGCAGAACACGUUCUCCUCCGUCUCCUUCCCGGCGCUCGGAACAGGCCAGGGAGGGGCGAGCCCCUCGGCGGUGGCGGACGCCAUGAUCGACGCCGUGGUGGACUUUGUGAGGAAGAAGCCGCAGAGCUGCGUCCGCACAGUCAAGAUCCUGAUCUUCCAGACCAACAUGAUGAAGGAGUUUCACAGGAGCAUGAGGAGGAGAGAGGGAGAGGAGGUGGAGGAGAAGAGCAUCUUCACUAAGGUCAAAGACGCUUUCACUUCCCUCUUCGAGGGAGCCAGUGAGGAGCGACCCACCCGAAGCCACUUGUAUUUGGAGCGGGAGGAGUUUGAACCUGCUGUGUUCCAGCUGUGUGCAGAGAGCAAACAGGUUGUGAGUCAGGCCAAGCAGCGGAUUAAGGACCUGAUCGUGUCCGAGCAGGCGGAGAAGACCAUAACGGACCCGUUCAUCAAUGAGCUGUCGCAGAGCGACAUGGAGGAGCUGAAGGCCCUGCAGAGGAAGCUGACAGUCAGCAUCCGACUGGAGAAGAGGCGGGGCGACCAGGAGCCCUUCAUCCAGCUGGAGGGUCUGACCAGGGACGUGUUCAUUGCUGAAUCAGCUAUAAGGGACAUCAUCCGGAAGGUGGAGAGGACGGAGAACAUGAAGCGGAGGGCCUUUCUGCUGAGUGCACUGGUGCAGUGGCAGUAUCAAGACCAGCAGGGGGUGCUGCAGCCCUUCGACAUCUACACCAACUGCACCCUCGAGGAGGCCCUGGAGAAAAAAAGCCCUGUGAAAAUCAAGAUUAACAACAAAGAAUUCACUGCUGAUCUAAAGCGCAAAAAAGCUGUGUCAGCAGGAGGACGCACUCAGGUGGAACUAAUUAGAAAAGACCUGAAAGUUGCAGAUGAUGUCGCUCUGCCUGCUCAGUGGGAGGAUAUGAAAGGCGUUCCCCUGAAGAGGUGCACGUUGACCCCGACAUCCCAGGAGUACAAGGACGUGGAACAGGAACUUAAAAGGACCGGUCUUACUCCAAACAUCAUCAGCAUUGAACGGAUCCAAAACAAGACACUCUGGCAGAGCUACCAGCUCUUCAAGAAAAACAUGGAGGAGAAGAACAAACACAAAAACAACGAGAAGCAGCUCUUUCAUGGAACUGGCUCCAACUCCAUCGACCUCAUCAACAAUCAAGGCUUCAACCGCAGCUACGCAGGAACACACGCCGCCAUGUACGGCAACGGGUCUUACUUUGCUCUGACUGCCAGCUACUCGCACGGCUAUGCCCAGCUCGACGCUCAAGGGCACCGGCGCAUGUACCUGGCCAGGGUGCUGGUCGGAGAAUUCACUCAGGGGAAAAGGGGCCUGAUCACCCCGCCCGCCAAAGGCUCGGGGAAUGCUGCUGACCUGUACGACAGCGUCACCGAUAACGCCGCCAACCCAUCCAUGUUCAUCGUCUUCAAUGACAUCCAGGCUUACCCAGAGUACCUUAUCACAUAUACGUGAAGUCCCAUGGUGCAGCUGCUGGAGAUGUCUGUGGUGGUGGUGGGAGGUGCUGGUGCUGGUGGGCGCCAGCAAGCAUGCAGUUUAAUUCACAUACUAAUCACAAAAUACAGUAGAUAUGAUAAAAUUACAAUGGCAUUUUAGGGCCAUUGUGGGGGAAUAAAAAUUACAGAGCCAAGAAAAAACAAGAAAAAAACUCAGAUAAAAAACUUCAAAAAGAAAAAAAGAAAGAAAAAAACUCGCAAAAUUAAUGAGGAAAAAGAACCUUGGAAAUUUAGAGAUUAUAAAGUCACAAAUUGAUUUGAGAAUAAAGUGGCAAAUUAAUGAGAAACAACACCUCUCAAAUAUAUGCCAAAAAAAUUGAUAUUUUUUUUCUCUUAAAUUUGUCACUCUAUAAUUUCCAAGUUUUUAGUUUUUUUUCUCAUGAAUCUCAGAAAUUUGAAUUCCCUCUCACCCCCUCAGUCCUUAUAAUGGCCCUAAUGCGCCACCAUACAAAAUAAUGGUAAUUUUUUAAAAGAAAUUUUGUGGAAACUGGGGUCAGAAAAAAUAUAUUCAAAUUUCAAAACAUCAUUUUAUGUGUGUAUGUGUUUGUUUUUUCUAAAGAUUUCCUAAAUAUGAUAUAAACUCAAUAUGUUUGUUCUUACAGCUGAGUAUCAUGCUGUGAAUUAUCUGAAAAUAUUGCAGAAACAUGUUAACAUCUUGACUUGUUGUUUUCCUCAGUGGUUGUUUACUUGUAUCAGCGGACAGCCUGCUGCCUCUCAGCAUUUCUCAUUUAAAUCAAUGGUUAAUGCUAGCUGUGGCUAAUAACUACUGCAAGCCAAUGGGUGACUGUAGCUUGUAGCUAGCAGUACUCGUUGGUUUCAAUGGGGAAUGCUAACAGGACUGGUGUAGGCUGAGACUGCGACUCUUUCCCACAGUUAUUACGGAAACUGUACAACUACUUACCAAUAAAUGUAAUAAAAAU